UCCACGCCUCCAGCCUCUCCAUCCCGGGAGCCUGGCGCCUCUGGGCCAAGAUUGGUUGCUCGCAGGGGCCGGAGGAGAGAUGGAGCCGAGGAACGCGGCGGGCUGCGGGCGCCCGUGAUUCCCUCGCCGCUUUUCAGAGGGGCCGAACGGAGAAACCACCGGCCGAGCGGAGCCACCUGCUCGCCCGGCGCCAGCCAGUCAGCCUACCAACCAGCCAGCCAGCCAGCCAGCCAUGCCUGCCGACAGUAACGAGCCCGACUGUCUCCUCCGCUACCAGAGGCCUGAGGAUGAUGUGGUUGUUGAUUUGGGAAGCACCAGCAACGCUAUUAACAUUCAUUAUGAACCAGAGGAGUUGGAAGGGCACAGGACAUUAUAUGUUGGGGUGCGGAUGCCUUUGGCUAAACAAGGCCACAGACAACACAGAACCAAACACAGGAAACGAGCUCGGAUAAAGGAAAGUAUAUUGGAGGAGCAUGAAACUUACG